CGUAUGAACAAAACCGCCUCCUUCUUCAUUGGCAGGAGGGAAGUCUCCCCUGAGAGGGCACGGGUGCCACGAUUUUGGGACCACGUACCAGACUUACUACACGGGGCAAUGGGCGCCCCCUGCCGAAAAGCACUUUGACGAGAAUCUGGUGUCGGUCGUCUUCGGAGACCCCCGGUGCCACCAGAUGCUGACCGAACAAAAACGGGCGUACACCCCCAAGGAAUUUGGCAGCCAGCGCUAUGACCCGGAGAGCGCAGCCGCCCAGGUCCGCCUGACGAGUAUCCGGCCCGGAGACGGGAGGCAAGACUUUACCACCGUCAUGUCUGAAGCGUAUCCCUGGAGGAACCCAGGACCGUUGCGCAUCAUCACGGCGAGGAAGAAUGAGUCUUCCAUUCUCCGAGGGGAUCGGGACCCCGAGAGGAACAGGCAAAACGCCACCACCACCAUCCACCGUCAGUACUACAGAGAGCCGAACCGGGAGGAGCCGGCGUCCCGGGCGGACCCCAAACCACGGAAAGACUUGACUUUGGGCGACAACCGCUAUGCCUACUUCUGCACCACGCAACACGAGGACUAUUGCCCGCCCCCCGAGACCCACAAAUUGGACGUGAACAAAUGGAAGAUCAUGAAGAGCAACAUCCCUUUCAACUAUCCCGCGCCCGAGGGCCUCACCACCAGCACCCAGGACAUGCUGGUUCCUUACCGCCAGCCGAGGUGCCAGGUCCCCGAGGAGGAGCUGCAGAAGAUUAAGUAUUCCCACCUGGUCCACCCCUGGAAGGACCGGCGCUGGUUCAGCACGGAGCAGAAAAACGCCUACACCAACAAAUAUGGAGGCCCCGUCACCCUGGUGGUGGGGGACAACCAGAGAAGCAGCCUCCCCCUGGGCACCUUGCCGAACUAUUCUCUCCGGAAGAAAAUCGCCCCUGCAAACAUCUGCCUGACCGAAUAAACCCCAUAUCUCUA